UCAGAAGUGUUUCCUUCCGGGUUGCCGUAGCCCAACUACAGCUGGCUUUUCGCGCUAUAAGUUAGGGAUCCUACGCUAUCUGACCGCGUGCGCAGGAAACAUUUCAAAAGAGGGACACCAUCUUCAGCGAAUAGAAAAUGGGCAAAAAGCAGAACACCAAACCUAGGAAGGAAAAUCAGACCCAGGAAGAGCCGGAGGAGUUUGUUGUGGAAAAAGUGAUCGACCAGCGCAUCGUCAAUGGGAAAGUGGAGUUUUAUCUGAAGUGGAAAGGAUUUACAGAUGCUGAUAACACCUGGGAGCCUGAAGAAAACCUGGACUGCCCUGAACUCAUUUCAGCCUUUCUGGAGGCUCAGAAAAACAUCAAGGAGAAGCCUGCAGCUGUAAAGAGAAAGGCCUCCACAGAAGAGCCAGAGACAGAUUCUUCCAAGAAAACUGAUGCUGAAAGCCCGCGUGGCUUUGCCAGAAAUCUGGACCCAGAGAGAAUAAUUGGUGCAACAGAUAGUAGUGGGGAGUUGAUGUUCCUGAUGAAAUGGAAAGGAUCAGAUGAAGCCGAUUUGGUCCCGGCACGCGAGGCCAACAAACGGUGCCCUCAGGUGGUCAUAUCUUUUUAUGAGGAGCGACUGACAUGGCAUUCCUGUCCAGAGGAUGAAGCUCAGUGAUUCUCUGGUCUCUGCUGUUAUUUGCACCACCUUUAUUUGUUUUGUUCCUCAAGCCUGGAAUCCUCCCCCUUGCCUGCCUCUUAGUUUUAGCCAUCUUUGGACAUUUUUCUACUUUUGUAUUUAGACAGUGGUGGAGAACUGUUGAAGCGGCUAAUGUCUGUGACAGAAUUCAUUCAGUGAUGUAAUAACGGGCUUCGAUAGAGCUACAUGCCUCCUUCUGUGUUUUAAUUCUGAGUGACUACUUGAAGAUAUGAAGCUGUCUUUUUUUGCUUUUUCUUUUUUUUUUCUUUUUUCUAUCCUGUUCAAGUCUAGAUGUUGGGUUUGUGCUCAUGCAAAUGCUUAAUGUGUUUAUGAAAGUACAUUUCGUUUACGGGGUGUAAAUAUGAAGUUGCAUAAAAAUCAAACGUUUCAUGUACAUUUUUAUAGCUUAAGCUUUUUUUUUUUUUUACUACCUACCUAAGAAUCAGG